AUGGAGAAGCACAGCCAUUGCCAGAACUUCAGCUCAGCCCAGCAAGCUGGUUCCCAGAGGGGCGGGGUCUCUAGCGCCCCGCCCCCCGACUCCAGGCCGCUCAUUGGCCGUGGGUGCUAUGACGUCGUGGGGAUCGCAGACAGAAACCCAAGCGCCCGGCCCGGCGAGCGGGAGUCGGGCCUGGAGGAUGCCAGCGCUGCCAAGGCCACGCUCGCCGAGGUCCCUCAGUCACUGUGGGAAGUGCGCAAGGAUGACGAGCUGGUGUCAAGCUCCGGCCUGGGGACUGGGCUGCGGCAGGCCAGGCCGCCGGGGGCCGUGGAAGGGGUGAAGAGUGAGGGACCCAAGCUGGUGCCCUUCUUCAAGGCCACCUGCGUGUAUUUUGUGCUCUGGCUGCCCUCGUCCAGCCCAUCGUGGGUCAGCGCCCUCAUCAAGUGCCUGCCCAUCUUCUGCCUCUGGCUCUUCCUUCUGGCCCAUGGCCUAGGAUUCCUGCUGACCCACCCCAGUGCCACCCGCAUCUUUGUGGGGCUCGUCUUCUCCGCUCUAGGUGAUGCCUUCCUCAUCUGGCAAGACCAGGGCUACUUUGUGCACGGUCUGCUGAUGUUUGCUGUGACCCACAUGCUCUACGCCUCGGCCUUUGGCAUGCGGCCACUGGCUCUUCGGACAGGUCUGGUGAUGGCAGUGCUGUCGGGCCUGUGCUAUGCUCUUCUCUACCCAGGCCUCUCAGGUGCCUUCACCUACCUGGUGGGGGUCUAUGUGGCCCUUAUCAGUUUCAUGGGCUGGCGGGCUAUGGCAGGACUACGGCUGGUUGGGGCAGCCUGGCGCUGGACUGAGCUGGCAGCAGGCAGUGGUGCACUGCUCUUUAUCAUCUCAGACCUGACCAUCGCCCUCAACAAGUUCUGCUUCCCUGUGCCCUACUCGCGGGCACUCAUCAUGUCCACCUACUAUGCUGCCCAGAUGCUCAUCGCCUUGUCAGCUGUUGAGAGCCGGGAGCCAGUGGAAGACUACAGACUGAGCAAGGCCAAUUGAGAAGCCAGGGUGUGGUUACCCCUCUCUCCUCCUGGGGGAGGGGUCCAGAACCUGCAAGAACUGAGUCAGGAUGGCUGCAGGACUGACCUGGAGAGUAGAUACCACUGGGGAAAUGUACACGUUUGAAGGGGGGUAAGCAGGAAAAGGAUCUCUCUAGCAAAGUUGGUGUUCCAGAACAAUGCUUACAGAUAAAAAGAGCCAGCCUAAUUCUCCUUGCUGGAGCCAGAAUUAGACAUCUCCCCACCUCUAACCCCAUAGGGGCUGUCAAAGCCCCUCCAGAGGGCAAUGGUGCUCAGCGUCUUGACCUCCCCCCGCUUCUAGAUGGAAGAGUCUGACUCACCCCACUCCCAUUCUUUCUGAUCUGCACAAGAGUCGAGUGAAGAGGGGAGAAAUCUGACCUGAGAUGACCCAAACCCAGGGCUUGAAACCCGUUUCACAGGCCCCUAGGUGAGAAGAC